AUGGAGAAAAAUACAGUAGUGAAAUAUAAAGAGUGCCUCAAGAACCAUGCUGCUGCAAUUGGUGGCAAUGCAACUGAUGGAUGUGGCGAGUUCAUGGCUAGUGGAGACAGUGACUCACUUGAAGCUUUUAACUGUUGUGCUUGUAAUUGCCACAGAAACUUCCACAGAAAAGAAAUAGAGUAUGAUUCUCAAUAUUAUCCUCUUUCAUUGAUUCCUGAUCAUAACAUUAAUACCCCCUUCUUGGCUCAUUUAUCUCCAAUCAAAAGUGAAUCAAAUAGUCCUUCUGAUCAGCCUUACUAUGAGAAAGAUUGUAUCAAAGAGGUGGAAAAUCGAACGGAAAAGAUGAUUAAGAAGAGGUCUAGAACCAAGUUUAGUAAAGAACAGAAGGAGAAGAUGUUGUGUUUUGCAGAAAAAGCUGAAUGGAGGAUACAGAAGCUAGAGGAAUCUGUGGUGCAGAUGUUUUGUCAAGAGAUUGGAAUCAAGAGAAAAAUACUCAAAGUGUGGAUGCACAAUAAUAAGAACACUUUUUCCAAAAGAAAUGUUUGUAGUAUUAGUGACAAAUUUUAGACUCUGAGUAGUCCGUCUUGCACGUCCUCAAAGACACCUGUUAUAUGAUUUAGAGAAUCUGAUAUAUCCAACUUUAAUAUU